AUAUUGUAUUCAGUAUUUCGGUUGCUCUUGUUAUGUUGAUAUAUUUCUAUUUGUUCUAAAAAUGCAUAGUUGGAAAUGGAUUAUACCUCUCGCGAUAGCGUUUGCUUUAAUUUUGAAUAAUCAAUCAAAUGCAGUGCCACAGAAUGCUCUCGAUUUAUUGAAGAACAAAUUUCUGCCAGCUGAAUUUAUGGGUAAAAAUUUCACAGCCGAUGAUGCUAAGAAACUCUUGAAGGACAGGUGUCGCAAAGUAUCGGGAGAUAAUGAAACAAUAUUUAUUCAGGCACACAAAGGUGUUCUCGAUUUCAUAAAGUGCAUAUCUAGUCUAGGCGAUUUGACAACAAUCCAAAUGGAAAUAGAAAUAGCCAAACCCAUCGGAGAAUUGGAUACAGUUUUCCAGAAGUACUGCAAAAAGCAGAACCAAGUGGAACUUUGUUUCAAAAACUUAGAGGUUAAAAUCCACCCAUGCCUCAAUGAGGAAGAAAAAGCACGUCAUUCUAUGAUAUCCCGAGUGGGUUCAAAAAUGCUCAAGUUCGUAUGCGGUAAGGGAGGUGAUCAAAUUGCCUUAUUUUUUGCCGAACAAGGCCCAGAGUGUCUCGAGGAGAAAAAGGAUGAAAUUAAUAAUUGUAUGAAUGAAUCAUUUGCCGAGUAUAUUCCAAAGAAUGGUCUUCCAGAUAUCAAUAAUCAACCCCAAAUUGUAAUGGGCAAGAAAGAAUGCAAAGAUAUUGAGAACUUUGAAAAAUGUGUUUUAUUCCAUCUGGGAAAGUGUAACGACAUAACUCCUUCCAAUAUUAUCGAAUCAGUGUUCAAAUAUGUGAAAAAUGAAACUGAAUGUAAUGCUAAGCCAAAACUUAUGACAAUGACUGAUCGAAGUUCGGGUUCAAUGAUCAAGACGCAUAUUUCAGUUACUGGAGCUCUCUUCUUGGUCGUUUUACUAAAAUCUAUUAUAAGCUGAUUGUAUUUAAUAUGUAGUUCCAAUUAAAUAAAAAGAACAUAUUUUUAUAUA